GCACUGGAGAGUGGAGCUGUGGGUAUUGCCCGAGUCAGAGCAUCAAGGGUGGCUUCAAUAUGCUGGAGCAUUCUAUAAUGCCGUUGAAGCAUCGUUUCCUGCGUGGAAAGAUCUUGCUGACUCCCUGUAACAGGGUUCCAGAAGAAGGAAGUGGGAGCUGGGGUUGCAGUCCAGCUUCCUCUCAGCCUCAGUCCAGCCCUGUGCCCAGAGGCUUGUGUAGAAUCAUGAUGCUCAGCAGCUCAGUGGAUGUACCCAGCCCAGGGGGGAUGAGCGAAGUGGCGACCAGGAAUGUGUUGCGCAGUUCCAGCAUCAGUGGGGCCAUGUACAGCUUGGAGAAGAGCCCCAGCAGCACGGGGGCUGAUGCCACAGGCCUGGCAGGAAACAAAAAGCGUCGCUCCAGUCUGGGAGCCAAAAUGGUGGCUAUUGUGGGGCUGUCACAGUGGAGCAGGAGCACUCUUCAACUCAACCAGCAAGAUGGUGGAACAAAGAAGCUACGCAGCACCAUCAGGCGGAGCACAGAGACAGGUAUUGCUGUGGAGAUGAGGAACCGCGUCACACGGCAGGGCAGUAAGGAUUCGACAGAUGGCAGCACCAACAGCAACAGCUCAGAGGGAACGUUCGUCUUCCCCACCACUCGUCUGGGCCCUGAGAGCCAAUUCAGCGACUUCCUGGAUGGCCUUGGCCCCGCCCAGAUAGUGGGGCGUCAGACAUUAGCCACUCCUCCAAUGGGUGAUGUUUACAUUGGUGUGGUGGAUAGGGGUGGUCAGUUAGAAAUUGAGAUCACACAGGCCCGAGGUUUGACACCUAAACCAGGGUCAAAGAACAUUCAAGCAACGUAUGUGAAGGUGUAUGUCCUGGAGAAUGGAAUGUGUCUCUCUAAGAAGAAAACCAAAGUGGUGAAGAAAACCCUGGAUCCAACCUUCCAGCAAUCCCUGAUGUUUGAUGAGAGUCCUCAGGGGAAAGUGUUACAGGUGAUCGUAUGGGGCGACUACGGCCGCAUGGACAGCAAGUGUUUCAUGGGAAUGGCUCAGAUCCUCUUGGAUGAUCUUGACUUGUCGUCAAUGGUGAGUGGCUGGUACAAGCUCUUUCCUACCUCCUCUAUGGCGGAUCCAAGCAUCGGCCCCUUGACGCGCCGCCUCUCCCAGUCUUCAAUCGAGAGCGCCACAAGCCCUACGUGCACCUAAACACCGCUGAGAGAUCCAGUCAUCCACGUCCCCUCUAAAUAUGCCUGUGUUCUCUAUCUCUAUGUGUGUAUCUUUGUUCAAUAUACCCCGCCAUACAGACCCCAAAAGCAUGUACACACACUCUGAUAGAUAAAACCAACUCCCCAGGGCUGCGAAGCUCCUAUUACCGAUACAUAACAGAAAUAUUCAGAGUUGGAUAUAAAUCAGGCAUGAGACACAAAAAGAGCUCACAUACACCCUUACAAAUAGAUUUGGGUGUAUCACAUGACUAGUUACAUGCAGAUCCAUUGUGUGCAGGUCACAACAAACUCUAAAACAGGGGCAUUCAAUAGUUAUAUUAAGAAAUGUUUCUCACAAUGUAGCAUUUGUGUUGGCUUCUGUGGCUAAUGCCACAAAGAGAAAAUGGGUUCUCCGAGACUAGUAGUUCUCCUGUAGGUUUCGGACCCUCAAGGGUCAACCAAUUCUCUAUGCCAAACCCGAUAAAAGUUUAUUUUUAAAACCAAAGCAAUUCUUAGUAUCUGUAGUGUCAUAUUAUAGAGUAUGGAUAUGUAGCAGAGUCAAUGACUUAGAUGAGAUGCAAAAAAAACAAAAAAACAUUUAUGUAUUAGAAAAACUCAUAGACUACAUACACAACUAAACAUUUAAAGGGCAGGGCUCAACUCCACUUGUCAGGUUAUUAGAAAUGUACAAAAUUCCUGUUGCAUAAAGUAGCGUUAAUUCUUUAUUUCCUUUUUCAGAGAGCUGAGUAAUUAAAAAUAUAGAUUGAUAUUUGUGUUUAUGUAUUUAUCGACUGCAUUCUGCACGUUUACUCGCAACCCUUGUUGAACAAAAUAUGUAGUGCUAAUUGAAGCUUGCCUUUAAAAAAAUAUGUAGAAUUACAGACAGUAGGUUAUUUAUUUUGCUAAUGUUUCACUUUUGGGUCUGAAUCAAAAAGUCUGCACCAAACCACAGACUCAAAGGGAAUUAAAGACUCUCUUUGUAAAUGAGAACUAACUGUCCAGUUAAACCAGCAACCCUCAUUUCCAGCUGCAUAGUGCGAUAGACAGAAUAAAAAUGUGGGUGUUGGCUGUCAAACAAGAAAACUUUUCUUGCUGCACGGAGUAAAGAGAAGGUGUCUGGGAAGUGUUGUCCUGAACUGGAACUUGGUUGAGUUUGAUGGAGCCGCUCUAGACUCUACUGCUUCAAGUAGUUUGGGUUUCUUUCAACCAGCAUAUGGAUCCAAACUGUUUUAAGGGCCUUUCCCAUUUCCUGUCAACUCAGGAGGUCACCGCUGAACAAUUACAACAUACAAAACAAUGUAAGGACCGAUGGUGACGCUCUCUCAACAGGAUUUCAAAGCCCAGAACAAAUCAUAUUCUUUAUACUCCCGGACAUUUUUGUUUUUGUCAAGUUCUUGUACUUUCCUGUUGUGACUAUUCUUUAGCUUUUGCUCUGAAGCCAAGUGGCUCUUUAGAUGGCUUCUUCUGUAAAUCUUUGGUAUUACAGAGACAUACUCAAGAUGAUGUGCACUGUUGAUAAACAAAUUUAUCCAACUCCUGGCAGUUAAAGAUUCAGGACAUUCCCAACCUCCUCUGCAAGUCAAUAUUCUGAUGCCAAACAGACAACUUUUAUAUUAAUUUCCAUUCCUCUAAAAUAAGCAUACUUUACAUAUCAGAGUAUCUUAUUCUGUACCAACUAAGUAUGUACAAUUGUUGUCCUAUUCAAGUUCCAUGUCAAAUUCCAGUUUAUCUUCUGCCAAGAAGAUGGUCAAACACAUUCUCAUAGGUUAGAGGUGAGCUUCAUGGGAGCGAUCAUUUUCCAAACCAUUUAAGAUGUUUGUGUUGUUCUGAUUGGGACUUGUUAUGGAAGGCUGUCUAUUACAAGUGCACAAACUAGCAAUUGAUCAAUGUCAUUUGCAUGGAAAACUUCAGUGUCAGGAUAGUGUACCUUAUAAAGCUGCUUUUAAUGACUCAGUGAGACCAUCGGAAAACCAUUACAUCUGAUCAGUGUUGGGUAAGUUACUCAAAAAAGUAUUCCACUACAAAUGACUAAUUAACUCUUUAAAAUUAUAAUAAGAUUACAUUACAUUACUAAUUACUUUACUUUUAAGUUACUUUGUAAAACUUUUUUUUUUACAGAAAAAUUAAUUGUUUCUUUGCUCAACAAAUUCAAAAUAAUGUCUAUAUUUCCUCCUCGUUCAUUGUCGCAUCCAAGCCAUACACUCGUUUCUCCCUUACAAUGAUUAGUUAGGGGAUACACACCCUUCAGCUGUCAAACGUAUUUAAAAUAAUUCUUGCUUUAAAAGUGUUUUACAUAAAAAAAUUUUUUUGAAAAACGUGUAACCCAUUUAAUGUACUUAAAGGGAUAGUUCACCCAAAAAUGAAAAUUCUCGCAUCAUUUACUCACCCUCAUGCCAUCUCAGAUGUGUCUGACUUUCUUUCUUCUAGCAG